GCUACGUUCUCCGUAAUAUUACAAUCAUUUACAUCAGUUUUAUUUCGAUUUUAAAGGUGUUCAGAUACACAGAGAUUUGGUUAUAUUAGUUCCAAAUUUGUAGGGUGAAGCAAAUUAAAAAGUUUUUUUGUUAAACAUAUUUUUUAUAGCGGUGGACCGUACAUUAAAAUACAGCUAAAGAAAUAGAGCUGUAAACUUCUAAUCGUGGCAGAAACAAUUUUAUUUUAAUUAUCAAAAGAGAACUACAAAAAAAAAACCAAUAAAAUUUUCAUCAUGAACAAAGCGGAUGGAAGUACACACCAGGGCCAAUAUAAGGCAAACUCUCUUAACACGCAGGACUCGCGCAUGCGCCGCCAUGAGGUGACCAUCGAGUUGCGCAAAUCUAAGAAAGAGGAUCAGAUGUUCAAGCGUCGUAACAUCAAUGACGAAGACCUCACCUCACCUCUCAAGGAGGUCAACGGCCAAUCGCCAGUGCAACUGUCGGUCGAUGAGAUUGUGAUUGCCAUGAACAGCAAGGAUCAGGAGCGACAGUUCCUGGGUAUGCAGCAGGCCCGCAAGAUGCUAAGUCGUGAACGCAAUCCGCCCAUUGAUCUGAUGAUCGGACAUGGCAUUGUGCCAAUUUGCAUUAGCUUCCUUCAAAAUACUGGCAACACCAUGCUGCAAUUCGAAGCCGCUUGGGCCCUGACCAAUAUUGCCUCUGGCACAUCUGAGCAAACUCGUUGCGUGAUAGAACAGGAUGCAGUGCCGCAUUUUAUUGCCCUGUUGCAGUCCAAGUCCAUAAAUCUGGCUGAGCAGGCUGUUUGGGCACUCGGAAACAUUGCUGGCGAUGGCGCCGCGGCACGUGACAUUGUUAUUCACAAUAAUGUGAUCGAUGGCAUCUUGCCACUAAUUAAUAAUGACACACCCAUCUCGUUCCUACGCAACAUUGUCUGGCUCAUGUCAAACUUGUGUCGCAACAAGAAUCCAUCGCCACCCUUUGAGCAGGUGAAACGCUUGUUGCCAGUGCUGUCUCAAUUGCUUCUUAGCCAAGACAUUCAGGUGUUGGCCGAUGCCUGUUGGGCACUCUCCUACGUCACUGACGAUGACAACCACAAAAUACAGGCGGUCGUCGAUACGGAUGCAGUGCCAAAGUUGGUGAAUCUUCUCAAGACUGAUGAACCCAGUAUCAUUGUGCCUGCCCUACGUAGUGUGGGCAACAUAGUAACUGGAACGGAUCAGCAGACCGAUGUGGUUAUAGCCUCUAAUGGCUUGCCCAAACUAGGCUUGUUGCUGCAGCACCCCAAGGGUAAUAUUGUCAAGGAGGCGGCAUGGACUGUGAGCAACAUUACAGCCGGCAAUCAGAAACAGAUUCAGGCGGUAAUCGAUGCGGGCAUCUUUCACCAGAUUCGUCAUGUGCUUGAGAAGGGCGAUUUCAAGGCCCAAAAAGAGGCAGCUUGGGCAGUGACCAAUACUACCACUUCGGGUACACCCGAGCAAAUUGUGGAAUUAAUAGAAAAGAACAAGAUAUUGAAGCCCUUCAUUGAUUUGCUGGAUGCCAAAGAUCCUCGCACCAUCAAGGUGGUCCAAACAGGACUUUCCAAUCUCUUUGCACUUGCUGAGAAAAUGGGUAGCACCGAAAAUCUAUGCCUGAUGGUGGAGGAGUUGGGUGGUCUCGAUAAGCUGGAGGCAUUGCAGCAACACGAGAACGAAGAGGUCUACAAGAAGGCCUAUGCCAUCAUUGAUACCUACUUCAACACUGGCGACGACGAGGCCGAGCAGAAACUUGCGCCCCAGGAGGUUAAUGGCGCAUUGGAGUUUAAUGCCACACAGCCAAAGGCGCCCGAGGGUGGAUAUUCCUUCUAACAAAAAUCACAAGUGCCAACCAUCACAUAUAUAUACCAUACACACAUUUUGUUUUUCGUCAUAUGCGACCGCGCCUACACUACAAAUGCACACACAAUCUAUACUGUCUUGCCACUCCAAGUUAAUACUCUUUCAAUGAUGCCCUUCCACACUGUACCGCAUUCGGCCAUGAAAACGCAUCUUAGGCGCGUUGCUAACUACUUUCCAUUGAUUCGCACACACACACUCAUAUAAGCACAUCUACACACACACACACACACGGACCACAUUCUAAAUGCCACGUGUUCUUACACCUAGCAGCAAUCUGCCUAACUGCGAUGGGUGUCCUUACACUGUUUUACACUGAUACACGGGAUGGACGCAGCCUGUUGCGUUUGCAUGGCUGAAUGUGUGUUUGGAGUGUGUGCUUUAUUCCAUUUUGAAUUACACAUCAAUCUUUUCGAAUGUAUAGUUAGUCUGUUAAAAUAUUUAUUGAUUAUGUAUAUGUACACUUGUGAGAUCAACAUAAACUUUUAAUCGUCAGUAAUUAAACAAUCCAGUCAACGGAUAAUAAAAAUUGUAAGCGAUGAG